AUGGAAUCUAAUGGUGUCUCCAAGCCGAAGAUCGUCUCUGGUGGUUUUGGUUAUGUUCUUGAAGACGUUCCUCAUUUCACAGAUUACAUUCCUGAUCUUCCUACUUAUUCCAAUCCUUUACAAGACAAUCCCGCUUUCUCGGUUGUCAAGCAGUAUUUUGUUCAUGUGGAUGACUCUGUUCCACAAAAGAUUGUGGUUCAUAAGGAUAGUCCCAGGGGGAUACAUUUCCGUCGUGCCGGACCCCGUCAAAAGGUCUAUUUUGAGUCAGAUGAAGUUCAUGCUUGCAUUGUUACAUGUGGGGGUCUCUGCCCGGGACUCAACACAGUAAUUCGAGAAAUAGUGUACAGCUUGUACUAUAUGUAUGGCGUGAAGAGAGUGCUGGGGAUAGAUGUGACGGUAUUGCUGUUCCAUCAGGGUGGAUACAGGGGUUUCUAUGCCCGAAAUACAAUUGCUCUGACACCUAAGGUUGUGAAUGACAUUCAUAAACGUGGUGGAACCAUCCUUGGAACAUCACGAGGUGGCCAUGAUACUUCAAAAAUUGUUGACAGCAUUCAGGAUCGAGGUAUUAAUCAGGUUUACAUUAUUGGAGGAGAUGGAACUCAGAAAGGGGCAUCAGUGAUAUUUGAGGAAAUUAGAAGGCGAGGUCUCAAAGUUGUGGUUGCUGGAAUUCCCAAAACCAUUGAUAAUGACAUUCCGGUUAUUGAUAAGUCCUUUGGAUUUGACACUGCUGUUGAGGAGGCUCAACGUGCUAUUAAUGCAGCACAUGUUGAGGCUGAAAGUAUCGAGAAUGGUAUUGGUCUUGUGAAGUUGAUGGGCCGCUACAGUGGGUUUAUUGCAAUGUAUGCUACUCUUGCAAGCCGAGAUGUGGAUUGUUGCUUGAUUCCAGAGUCACCCUUUUAUUUAGAGGGAGAAGGUGGACUUUUUGAAUACAUAGAGAAACAACUGAAAGAAAAUGGGCACAUGGUUAUUGUGAUAGCCGAAGGUGCUGGACAGGAGCUACUUUCUGAAAGCAUGCAAUCAAUGAACCAACAAGAUGCUUCAGGAAACAAGCUUCUUCAAGAUGUUGGGCUGUGGAUAUCACAGAAUAUCAAGGACUAUUUUUCAAAGCAGAAGAAGAUGACUAUAAACCUCAAAUAUAUAGAUCCUACAUAUAUGAUCCGUGCCGUACCAAGCAAUGCAUCUGACAACGUGUACUGCACACUUCUGGCUCAAAGUGUUGUGCAUGGAGCAAUGGCUGGUUAUACAGGCUUUACUAGUGGUCUCGUUAAUGGCAGACAAACAUACAUACCCUUCUAUGUCUCAAUAACUUAUGAUUCAUUUCACAAUACACCCAAACCAUGUAGAUAUGCAGAGCAUGCAUUAAAAGUUUGUGUUUCAUUUACUCAAGUGAAAUGUGAAUGUUCCAUAACACGGGGCCUGUUGUUGGAUGUUGGCCUGCAGAGAAUCACUGAAAAACAGAACAAGGUGGUUAUAACAGACAGGAUGUGGGCUAGGCUCUUAUCAUCUACAAAUCAGCCAAGCUUUAUAAGUGAUAAAGAUGUCAUUGAAUACAAAAAGGAGUAUAUCUCUGGAGGAAAGAAAGAGGAAGAACCAGCAACGCAGUUGUUGGAUGAUGCAAAUUGUGCUGAUGUAGUUCUGGAGAAUAAAGAGGUCAGCUGCAUGUGA